AAGUUGUUCCAAGCCUGAACCAGACGAGACUCUCAUGGCGUCCCCAACCCUUCUGAUCAACACUACUACCAAUGAUUGCAUCCACACUUCAGGAAACAGCACCCUCCUGAGCUCCUCCACCUCCAGCAUCACUGGCAUUGUCUUCCUACUCUUGGCUGCCGUCAUAGGGCUGCCCGGGAACCUCUUCGUCAUCUGGAGCAUCCUUUGGAAGAUGAAGCCAAGCAACCGGUCGGUCACUUGCCUUCUAGUCCUUAAUUUGGCGGUGGCUGAUGGGAUUGUGCUGCUGCUCACUCCCUUCUUCAUCCUUUUCCUCAUCUUCAAGAACUGGAUGUUCGGCUUUGUGAUUUGCAAAGGGGUGUACUACCUGUGCUGCAUCAACAUGUUCGCCAGCAUCUUCAUCAUCACCCUCAUGAGCGUGGACCGAUGCCUCGCAGUCAACCAGCCCUACUUCUCCCAAGCCAUCCGCAAGAAGAACUUGGUGGUCAAGAUCCUGGCUGGGAUUUGGCUGGCAGCCAUCUUGUUGUCCAUCCCAGCCUUCCUCUUCCGCCAGGUCGUGAAGGAGCCUUUGUGGGGGUAUAAGAUCUGUGAGCCCUGCCAUCCCAGGCCAAGCUUGGCCAUCUUCCACUUCACCUUGGAAACGGUGGUGGCCUUCAUGAUCCCAUUCACCAUCAUUGUUGGGUGUUAUUCCGCCAUUUUGAUACGCCUCCGGGGGGUGAGGAGGAGGAAAGGAGCUCGGACCGAGAAGCUCAUUGUUGCCAUUGUGAUCUGCUUCGCUGUCCUCUGGAUGCCCUACCAUAUUGUCAACAUGGUCCAGAUAGCUUCUAACAUGGCAUCAGGGAGGACUGCCGAAAAGCUGGGCCAGGCCUGGAAGAGUGGGCGAGCAGGUGUGACGGCCUUAGCAUUCCUAAGCAGCAGCAUCAACCCUGUGCUUUACGUCUUUGUUGCUGGGAACCUCAUCAAGACAUCUGGAGCCAACUUCAUUGCCCAGUUCUUUGAGGGAGCAUCUGAUGGUCUGGGUCGGAGGUCUCAGUCCCAGAAAAACCUGGCUAAAGACCUGGCUACUGUGGCAGGAGCGGCCGUGAAUAUGGACCAACAGCCGCUGAGAGGGUGUGAUGGGGUGGACAAGGUCACAGAGGGACAGCUGGCCGAAGGCACAGAAGAGCAACCCGGAUACAGACAGCCCUAGACUGAAUCACUGCAACUUUCAACAUGACAGUUUCUGUACUUGGGAAGCUGAGUCACUCCAUCCAGCUGAGUACUGUGACACCAGGGGGUGUUGAACCUCAAUUUUGGCCCUCUGGGACUCUUAGGGAUGGCAAUCUGAUGAUAGGCAGGGCCAGAGGCAACAGGGGCGAGGCCAAACACACCCAAAAUUGCCAGGGUGUUUUAGGUUAUAGCUCUUACUAGCAGUAAAGAAGCCUUAGGAGAAGCUUAGAUUGAGAAAAGAUUUGCACACAAGCCAGAAAAGCACCCAAAGAUGAUCAAGUGGGGAAAGGCAGGUGGGGCUAGGGAA